AUGGCAAGAACAAAACUUGUGGUGGUGACAGAUGAAAAUUCAAGAGCAAACAUGUUGAAGAAGAAGUGGGUAGGACUGGUGAGAAUGAUAAGUCAACUAACGAUAUUAUGUGAUGUAAAGGCUUGUCUGAUUAUGGUUAGCCAUAAGAAGGCUGAGCAAAUGGUGUGGCCAUCUUUUGAGGUGGCUCAAGGCCUCUCAUACAAAUUAUUUGCCUUGCCAGAGUUCGAGAAGAAGAAGAAAGAGACGACUCUUGAAUCAUACCUGAAGGAGAAGACAAAGAAGGUUUGCAACCAAUUGAAGAGGAUUCAGAAGAAGAACAAAGAGUACAAGAUAGGUCAAUUGAUGAUGCAAGUAGAUGGUGAUCAUACACCUGCUGAUCGUAACCUGAAUGAGAUAUAUGAAUUGAUAUCUUUCUCAAAGGAUAAGAUCAUGCAUUUAAGGAAGAUGCUAGGUUUCAUGCAUCAUUCUCCUCUUGCUGAGGCACCGGUCAAUCCAUUUGAGGUGCAAUCUGAGGACAAUAGAAAAACCACAAAUGAUAUGUUCAUGAUAGGAGACGGUCAAGAUGAUGAGAUAACUACGAUUGCUGAUGAAAGAGCACAAAAGAUCAAUAACAUUGGUACUUUAAGGGAGAAUCAUGGUCAUUACUUGAUGGAUCAAUGGAUUUUCCCAUCUUCCAUUCUGUCUAACCAUCAAAUCCACGAACAAGUCGUAAUGGGAAUGACAUCUUACAACCAAAAUUCAAAUCCUAGAUAUUUUCUUCCAUACCAAGGAAGCAGUAGCAAAGGAAACUCUAAUCUAGAGAUGCAGCAAGUUGGUCCACCAAUGAAGACUUUCCAUGGUAUGGUUGGCUCAGUCUCUCAACCAUUACAGCAUCAUCAUACCAUGAGCGAUAAUCCACUCCUGGCUAUGAAUCAACCAAGGAAAUACUUUUUUGAUUUCAUGAGCUGCGAGAAACGAAGCAACAUUAGCAUUGGUGACUUGCAGAUUCAGAUGAGCAACAACACUAUGACAACUGACGAUGGUCUCCGUCAAGAGCCACCAAUGGAUGAAACAACCAUCGAGGAAGGUAAAGCUGAUGCAACGACUUUUGAUAUCAAUUAG